CGGAGAGGGUGCGCGGAGGGCCCGCCCCCGCCGCCGCCGCCGCCGCUGCCGCGGGUGUGAGGCGGCCAGCCUGGCGCGGCUCCCUCCGCCAGGCAGCCCGCCCAGGAGCCGCCACCGGGUCCCGCGCGCCUCCCGGGCCGCCGCCUCCGCCUCCGCCUCCGCCUCCGCCUCCGCCGCCCCGGGCCCGCCGGCCUGCGUCGCCGAGGUCGCUGCAGCAUGGCGGGCGCCGCGACCCCCUGCGCCAAUGGCUGCGGGCCCGGCGCCCCCUCCGAAGCCGAGGUGCUGCACCUCUGCCGCAGCCUCGAGGUGGGCACCGUCAUGACUUUGUUCUACUCCAAGAAGUCUCAGCGGCCGGAGCGGAAGACCUUCCAGGUCAAGUUGGAGACGCGCCAGAUCACAUGGAGCCGCGGCGCCGACAAGAUCGAGGGGUCCAUUGAUAUCCGUGAAAUCAAGGAGAUCCGACCAGGGAAGACAUCACGGGACUUUGACCGCUACCAAGAAGACCCUGCCUUUAGACCAGAUCAGUCACACUGCUUCGUCAUCCUAUAUGGAAUGGAAUUCCGUCUAAAGACCCUGAGCCUACAAGCCACAUCUGAGGAUGAAGUGAACAUGUGGAUCAAGGGCUUAACUUGGCUGAUGGAGGAUACAUUGCAGGCAGCCACACCCCUGCAAAUUGAGAGGUGGCUCCGGAAACAGUUCUACUCAGUGGAUCGGAACCGAGAGGAUCGUAUAUCAGCCAAGGACUUGAAGAACAUGCUGUCACAGGUCAACUACCGGGUUCCUAACAUGCGUUUCCUCCGAGAACGGCUGACGGACCUAGAACAGCGCAGCGGGGACAUCACAUACGGGCAGUUUGCUCAGCUGUACCGAAGCCUCAUGUACAGCGCCCAGAAGACGAUGGACCUCCCCUUCCUGGAAACCAGCACAUUGAGGACUGGAGAGCGGCCGGAGCUUUGCCGGGUAUCCCUUUCUGAGUUCCAGCAGUUCCUCCUUGAAUACCAGGGGCAGGAGCUGUGGGCUGUUGACCGGCUCCAGGUGCAAGAAUUUAUGCUCAGCUUCCUUCGAGAUCCCUUGCGAGAGAUUGAAGAGCCAUACUUCUUCUUGGAUGAGUUUGUCACCUUUCUGUUCUCCAAAGAGAACAGUGUGUGGAACUCGAAGCUAGAUGCUGUGUGCCCAGAUACCAUGAAUAAUCCUCUCUCUCACUACUGGAUCUCUUCCUCACAUAAUACGUACCUGACUGGGGACCAGUUCUCUAGUGAGUCCUCCCUGGAAGCCUAUGCUCGCUGCCUGAGGAUGGGCUGUCGCUGCAUUGAGUUGGACUGCUGGGAUGGCCCAGACGGGAUGCCAGUCAUUUACCACGGGCAUACUCUUACCACCAAGAUCAAGUUCUCAGAUGUCCUUCACACCAUCAAGGAGCAUGCUUUCGUAGCCUCAGAGUACCCAGUCAUCCUGUCCAUUGAGGACCACUGCAGCAUUGCGCAGCAGAGAAACAUGGCUCAGUACUUCAAAAAGGUGCUUGGUGACACACUCCUUACCAAGCCAGUGGACAUUGCUGCUGACGGGCUUCCUUCACCCAACCAGCUCAAGAGAAAGAUCCUUAUUAAGCACAAGAAGCUGGCUGAGGGCAGUGCCUAUGAGGAGGUGCCUACCUCUGUGAUGUACUCGGAGAAUGACAUCAGUAACUCCAUCAAGAAUGGUAUCCUCUACUUGGAGGACCCCGUGAAUCAUGAGUGGUAUCCACACUACUUUGUUCUGACUAGCAGCAAGAUCUACUACUCUGAAGAGACCAGCAGUGACCAGGGCAAUGAGGAUGAAGAGGAGCCUAAGGAGGCCAGUGGCAGCACAGAGCUGCACUCGAGUGAGAAGUGGUUCCAUGGUAAGCUCGGGGCUGGGCGCGAUGGGCGGCACAUUGCCGAGCGCCUGCUCACUGAGUACUGCAUAGAGACUGGGGCUCCUGAUGGCUCGUUCCUAGUGCGAGAAAGUGAGACCUUCGUGGGUGACUACACGCUGUCUUUCUGGCGGAAUGGGAAAGUACAGCACUGCCGUAUCCAUUCCCGGCAGGAUGCUGGGACUCCUAAGUUCUUCUUGACAGAUAACCUUGUCUUCGACUCUCUCUAUGACCUCAUCACGCAUUAUCAGCAAGUACCCCUGCGCUGCAAUGAGUUUGAGAUGCGCCUUUCAGAGCCUGUCCCACAGACGAAUGCCCAUGAGAGCAAAGAGUGGUACCAUGCAAGCUUGUCCAGAGCUCAGGCUGAACAUAUGCUGAUGCGCGUACCCCGGGAUGGAGCCUUCCUGGUGCGGAAACGCAAUGAGCCCAACUCAUAUGCCAUCUCUUUCCGGGCUGAGGGAAAGAUCAAGCACUGUCGAGUACAGCAGGAAGGCCAGACCGUGAUGCUGGGGAACUCUGAGUUUGACAGCCUGGUUGACCUCAUCAGUUACUAUGAGAAGCAUCCCCUGUACCGCAAAAUGAAGCUUCGCUACCCCAUCAAUGAGGAGGCACUGGAGAAGAUUGGGACAGCGGAACCCGAUUAUGGGGCCUUGUAUGAGGGCCGCAACCCUGGUUUCUAUGUGGAGGCAAACCCUAUGCCGACUUUCAAGUGUGCAGUAAAAGCCCUCUUUGACUACAAGGCCCAGAGAGAGGAUGAGCUGACCUUUACCAAGAGUGCCAUCAUCCAGAAUGUGGAAAAGCAAGAUGGUGGCUGGUGGCGAGGGGACUAUGGUGGGAAGAAGCAGCUGUGGUUCCCCUCUAACUAUGUGGAAGAGAUGAUCAACCCAGCAAUCCUAGAGCCGGAGAGGGAGCACCUGGAUGACAACAGCCCACUGGGGGACCUGCUGCGAGGGGUCUUAGAUGUGCCAGCCUGUCAGAUUGCCAUUCGUCCUGAGGGCAAGAACAACCGGCUCUUCGUCUUCUCCAUCAGCAUGGCAUCAGUGGCUCACUGGUCCCUAGAUGUUGCAGCUGACUCACAGGAGGAGUUACAGGACUGGGUGAAAAAGAUCCGGGAAGUUGCCCAGACUGCAGAUGCCAGGCUUACUGAGGGGAAGAUGAUGGAGAGGAGGAAGAAGAUCGCCUUGGAGCUUUCGGAGCUUGUGGUCUACUGCCGUCCUGUUCCCUUUGAUGAAGAGAAGAUUGGCACUGAACGUGCUUGUUACCGGGAUAUGUCAUCCUUUCCGGAAACCAAGGCUGAGAAGUAUGUGAACAAGGCCAAAGGCAAGAAGUUCCUCCAGUACAAUCGGCUGCAACUCUCUCGUAUCUACCCCAAGGGUCAAAGGCUGGACUCCUCCAAUUACGAUCCUCUGCCCAUGUGGAUCUGCGGCAGCCAGCUUGUAGCACUCAAUUUUCAGACCCCAGAUAAGCCUAUGCAGAUGAACCAGGCCCUCUUCAUGGCUGGUGGGCAUUGUGGCUAUGUGCUGCAGCCAAGCACCAUGAGAGACGAAGUCUUUGACCCCUUUGAUAAGAGCAGCCUCCGAGGUCUGGAACCCCGUGUCAUCUGCAUUGAGGUGCUGGGGGCCAGGCAUCUGCCAAAGAAUGGCCGGGGUAUUGUGUGUCCUUUCGUGGAGAUUGAGGUGGCUGGAGCAGAGUAUGAUAGCACCAAGCAAAAGACAGAGUUUGUAGUCGACAAUGGACUGAAUCCCGUGUGGCCUGCCAAGCCGUUCCACUUCCAGAUCAGUAACCCAGAGUUUGCCUUUCUCCGCUUUGUGGUGUAUGAGGAAGACAUGUUUAGUGACCAGAACUUCUUGGCUCAGGCUACAUUCCUAGUAAAAGGCCUGAAGACAGGAUAUAGAGCAGUGCCUUUGAAGAACAACUACAGUGAAGACCUGGAGUUGGCCUCCCUGCUCAUCAAGAUUGACAUUUUCCCUGCUAAGGAGAAUGGUGACCUCAGUCCCUUCAGUGGUACGUCCCUACGGGAACGGGCUUCAGAAGCCUCCAGCCAGCUGUUCCAUACCCGGGCCCGGGAAGGGUCCUUUGAAGCUCGAUACCAGCAGCCAUUUGAAGACUUCCGCAUCUCCCAGGAGCAUCUUGCAGACCAUUUCGACAGUCGGGAACGAAGGGCCCCCAGAAGGACUCGGGUCAAUGGAGACAACCGCCUCUAAUCGUGCCCCUACCUUGUUGGAGAGCAGCAGUUGCUGCCCACCUUGUGGAAUGCCAUGAACUGGGUUCUCUGGGAGCGGCCCACUGUAAAGCCUUCCUGGUCUCACAGCCUGGAGCCUGGAUUCCAGCGGUGAAGGCUAGACAAAACCAAGCCAUUAAUGAGAUGUAUUGUUUUGGGCCUCCAUGCCCAGCUCUGGGUGAAGGCAAAAAAAACUGUACUGUGUCUCGCAUUAAGCACACACAUCUGGCCCUGAAUGUGAAGGUAGGUCCUUCCAUCUUGGGCCAGGACCAGGGCUGAAGCCCCUUGGAGAGAGAAAUUGCCUCAGUUGGUGGCAUAGGAGGCUUCAAGGAGCUGCUGAUAUUCCUGAAAGUAGAAGAGGAGGAAGAGCCUUGCUGGGCCAGGGAAACAAAGUUUACAUUGUCCUGUAGCUUUAAAACCACAGCUGGUCAGGGUGAAAGAAUAGAUGCCCUGCAGUUUGGCCAUGGAGCCAGAACAGAGGAAUGCAGGGCCUGUAAGGAGAAGGCUCUGCUCUGCCUGAGGAGGAAGACAGCACAAGGGCACAUUGCCCAUGGCUGGGAACAUUACCCAAGCCUGAAAGAUACAGGGGAUCAUGAUAAAAAUAGCAGUAUUAUUUUUUUUUUCUUCUCAAUGGUAUUGUAACUAAGUUAUUCAGCCCUGCUCCUUACUCUGGAUGGGAAGACCCAGCAUAGAUCCUUUGGGAACACAGCCCUGUGGGUUGGUUUAUUGGGAAAGGGCACCGUCAGGAAGGGUGGAGGAGCAGGAAAAGAGAGAAGAGCAAUGUCUACCCCAGUGAGCUUUUUUGUUUUUAUGGCAAAGAAGACUCAAUAUGCUUUCCCUUAGGAAUGAAAUGGACACAUAGGUAGGUGGAGUCAGGCAGUAGGUACCGAAUGAAGCUGCUGCUUGGUACAGCUUCUGUGUAUUUGGUGAAAAGAUGCAAAGGAGAUGGGAAGGUUGGGAAGGUAGCCUCACUCUGGGAACAGAGGCUGGGGUCCAGGCCCGUGGGCGCAAAGGUGCCUCAGCAUAGCCAGCAUUCAGCACACGCAAACCCACUGCCCACAUUUGGGCUCAGGGUUGGCCAUUUGCUAGUUCUGCUGCCCUCUUAAGAUCUGACUGCCAAAUAAAUCAUCCUCAUGUCCUUUUUCUUUUAA